GGAACUUCUUGAAUAAGGGUAGUAUUUUGGGAUUUAAUAUAGCUAUCACUAAUGAAUCGUUUAUUUGCGAGUUAAAUGCCUUAUUUUCUCAGAAACUGCACAGAACCCGUCUCAUGUAAUAAUUAAUAACCUUCGCUGUGUUCCAUGGAUUAUAUUUUAUUUAAAAUAGGUUGUUGUGAUUUGAGGAAUAGUUGACAGCUAUUUCUUGCAGGUCGAGUAACCGGGAAGUGACUCCCAUAGAUCCGUUUUUGUGCCAAAUGUCAAGGUGGUUUAAAAAUUAAUUUAUUAAAAUAAACUUGUUGUGGUAAAGUAAUUACUACAGCAUUAGAUUUAUCGUCGUCAGAUAAAUUUUCCGUUCAUGCUUGAAUGUUGUUGGUAACGCCGUUCGUUUUACAAGUUUGGGUUCAAAUCCUGGCAACAUCGAUACUACUUUCAUUUUGUGGGCGAGGAUGGGGUCAGUAGAAUAGAUAGAAUCAGUUAAAUUAAGCACACUCCUCUUACAAAAAAUGUUUGGCCUUCUGCCCAAGUUGCAAAUAAUUGUUAAUCCAAUAAACGGCAGUAUUGACUUCUUGCAUUGAACAGACACUUCCAACGUCUAGAGAAUUUGUGGUGUUUAUGGCUUCCCCUUUUAAAUAAAGAAAUCUUUUUCAAUAGAGUUUAACUUGCCAUUCUGAAACUUCAGUUGGGGUCAGUUUCUUUGGCGACUGCUGAAGAAUUUUUUUUUUACGUGGCCAAUCUAUUUGCCAUAGGAAAUAUUUUGAUGUCUGUUGCCAGAAAUGGAUGUGUGCAGAAGAUGGAAGAAAAUUGCUAACGACCCUGUUUUGUGGCGAACAGUUGACAUCCGAAGUUAUUCUUGUGAUUUAAAGGCUCUGAAAAUCUUAAUGAAAGCACAUUUUCAAAGUUCACUUCAAUGCCUGAAACUGCAAGGAUUCCGAAGAAAUCCUAGACGUUCCAUCAAAUGGAAUUGUAAAGUUAUUUCCAACAAAGUUCUGGAAGAUUUGCGUAACAAAUGUCCCAAUCUCAAUAAUUUGAGUUUAAAAUCAGUUAAUAUACAUCAUAUUGAUGGUAACAAGUUAAUGCCUUCAUUAAUUCAUUUAACAAUUAAAAGUUGUAUGUGGACACCAAAUUGGUUUUGUGGACUUCAGAAUCAAAUUCCCAAUCUUCAAACAUUGAAUUUGUCAAUGACAACACGAGUGGAUGAUUUAGAUAUGAAAGACAUCUCAGCUUUUCGAUUCUUAAAAAAACUUUACAUUAAUUAUUGCUAUCGCGUGACAGAUAACGGUCUGAAAACGGUGUGUGAUAACCUGACACAUUUAGAAACAUUUGAGUUUUCAAAGGUCACUUGUACUGACAGUGGAAUCUAUUAUAUAGCUAAUUCCUUACUCAUGUUGCAAAAUGUAAAUGUUGCUCAUUGUACAAUGUUGAGUGGGAAAAGUUUGGAAGAAUUAUUACGGAAGAAACAGUCUUUGAAAUGGAUAAAUGUAAGUUAUUGUACAUUGAAUCCUCAUGAACUGGAAUUGUUGAGCCAAUGCCGUGAAGAUGUUUUGGUUUAUAGACAAUCAAAACUUGCCGAAUUCUUGGAUUAAAAUAUUUAUAAUAAAACGUUCCAGACACACCAACUAAUAAAUUUAAUUAAAUUAUUUUUUUUUUAAUAUUUGAUAAACUUGCAAAUAUUUCUUCAGAGAUUUUCUUAAUAAAUUUUCCAUGACACACUCA